AUGCCUUCUUCUGCACCCAAACGAGCCUGCGACCAAUGCCACACUUUGAAAGAAAAGUGUCGUCGACUGAGCCCUGCAGCACCAUGCGAAAGGUGUGACCGGCUAAAUCACAACUGCCAAACCACACGGAAUAUCGCGAAGACAGGUCGAAAGCCUCGAAUGGCAAGAAAACUAUCAUAUAAUCUUCCAGCCUCGAGCCUCAAUGCCGAUCCUCGUAGCCCGACAACCGUCUCCAUGUUAUCGCAGGACACUCCAUAUCCACAUUUUUAUUUCUCGCUCAAUGAUGGACUAGGCAAUAACACAGCAUUAUUCCCCGACCUAGACCAGUGGGAAAGACAUUUCGUGAACCUCAUGAAAGACAUUGUCGCACCAUCCCCACUCGACAAAUUCCUAAUCGGACCAAGCUUCCAUGAAACACACCAUAGGUCCUUCGUCCAAAACUUGCUCCAACCGACACCUACCCUAAAGCAUGCUACAGUAGCCUGUGCUGCAGUGUUAUUAGGCGACAAAUAUGCCCAAUAUAACAAAGCCAGCGUUGAAAUCGGCCACCGGCGAGCCGCAUUAGCCGUGUCUGGACUUCGCGCUUUGCAAAUAUCUCAAGAUCAGGACUUGAUCACCGCGGUGAGAAUUGGCAUAGCGAUGGUCACAUUCGCUAUGCAUGUUGCACAUGGACAGUCAUUCCUUAUAUCCCGUUACACUCUUUCUCUAGUUAAGCCGAUGUAUCCGAGGCUUCUAACGAUGGAUUCGGGUACGAUGGAUUUCCUGAUGUGUCUUGUUAGCACGGAGACGCUUGAUUGUCUCCUGAAGUCGGAGAUACCAACCAUCAGAAUUGGAGAAGACGACCGCAACAAUGUUGUUGAUCGCUAUGUUGGGCUGAGUUCUGGUCUUUUUGCUCAUCUAUAUGAUAUUUGUGAAGUGGCCAGUAUCCUUCGACACACGGGUGGAAGAAUGGAUGUCGGAAUCGCAAAGCAACUGGAGACCAUCCAAGAUUGUUUGGAUCAGUGGCAACCUUCACCACCGCCUGACUUUCUUGAACAAUUCAAUCAAGAUGAGGUCGUUCGGAUGCUUGCACAGACUGAAGUGCUUCGCCUUGCCGCAUUGCUCAUCAUUCAUCGGCUAAAACAUCCCUUUGGACAGUACGAUGAGAGAGCACUGUUGCUCUCUAGAGCCAUCACUGCUGAAUUUGACAUGGUGCUACAGGUCACGGGGAGGUCAAUACCAUGCACUGCACUUGCUUACAUGGUAGCCAGUUUUGAGAUCACAAGUGCUGAAGAACAGUCAGCUAUUAUUACCAAAAGUGAAGAAAUGUAUGGAACGCGAGGAGCUUUGGAGACCAGAUUCACUGGUUUGAUCUAG